AGAGAAAGAAGAACACGCUUAGGAACGGCGUUGAGUAGAACACUUCUUAGCAAAUACGUUUCGAAUGUAGUUGACAACUUGGAACAAGGCGCCAUAUUUAGCAAACAGUGACGGAGAAGUUUUAUUUCGGUGUUGUUUACAGUCGGCAUCCUGUUUCCGGUACGCCAUCUUUACCAAGAAGGAAGCGCAACAAGUCGUAAAGUCCCCAAGGCAGGGCGUUGGAAUCUCCCUGUAUGAAAGAUGUCCAACCUGCAGCAGCAGCGAAAGAUUGUGGAGCAGUUGCGCAGAGAGGCUGGCCUCAAGCGCAUGGAGGUGUCUGCGGCCGUUGAAGACCUCAAGAAAUACAUCCAGGACCACGAGAGCGACGACUACCUGCUUGUGGGCUUCCACUCACAGAAGGCAAACCCAUUCCGGGAGAAGAGCUCCUGCAGCGUGCUCUAGGCCCUCUCUCUCACAUUCAUGCCCUCCCUCGACCACCCUCGCCACACCACCUCCUGCCGCCAAUCGUCUCCGAGCCCAGCGUCCAAUGCACAAAUACAGCCCACUUCUCACAAA